UCAGGGUACCACCACAUAGACAAAAUGUAAUUAGACGAAGGAAUGCGCUUCAAUUCCCUUCUCGUUUUAUUAUCUCCAUCCGCGGUAUCAGUUUCACUAAUCAAACCACCACCCGUCGUCGAUCAAAUCCAUAGUCUCCCUCAGUCUCACUCUCCGCCUCUUCCCGUUCUCGAACCGCGACCUAGGGUUUGCCUCAGAUUCUAAGGGAACGUGAUUUUUCUUGCGUUCUCUUUUCCUGCGUCUUCAAACAGAGAUUAUAAAAACCGAUGGCAGUAGUCAUUGAGAGCUCCGUUUGGGAACUAAAUCCAUCCAUAUACAUCUUCAUCUUCUUUUCUUGCUGCUUCUCGAUCUUUCUUUUUCCUCACGCCUCUAACCUCAACAGAACAUCCACAAUCUUCGACCAUGGAACCUCUCACUCGUUUCUCCAUUUCCAGCGGAAUUUCCUCUUCGUCUAUUCUCUCGCAUCAGUAAUGGAAGGUCUAUGGUCAGUGUUCGGGGAGUAUGAAUUUGCUUCGUAUGGAAUCGGCAGGGAAACUAUGGUUAAGUCUCUGUGUUACGGAUAUGCAACAGCUCUCUUCGCUGCACCUUUCCUUGGCGUGUUUUCGGAUGUAAUAGGUCAUAAGAAAUCUAGUUUAAUCUUUUGCAUUCUACACUUCAUUUUUGGCGUAUGGAAGAGGAUUUCAGAGCAGCCAAGUGUAUUCAUGACUACCAUAUGUCUCUCUCUGGCCAAUACUAUAUUUUCAUUUAGUUUUGAGAAUUGGAUGGUCACUCAACAUGAAAAGCAAGGGCACAGACUUGAUUCGCUUAAUGAUACAUAUUGGUUAAUGUCUUUCUUUGAGUCUGCAAGUUUUAUUGCCAGCCAAAUGUUUGCAAACUGGCUUAUUGGUAAUAAUACGGAAAAAAACACUGCUCCUUCAUUUGUUGUUAUUUUUUUUGCUGCCACAUGCUUCACUUUUAUCACCAGAGGAUGGACAGAAACUUCUGGAACGGCAUCUCUUAAGGACUAUAGUCGCUCCUUCUAUGCCUACAUUUUAGGUGAUAAAAGGAUAUGGUUGUUGGCGUGGGCACAAACUUGCCUUCACUUCUCUAUAGGAAUUUUUUGGAUCCUUUGGGCACCUACAGUGGUGGCUGAUGGCCGAGAAGUGCAACUGGGCUUGAUAUAUCCAUGCUUUCUGGGCUCAAGAAUGAUAGGAAGCACUGCAUUUCCGUGUCUCACUAGUGGGCCUUCAUCGCUUAGAACUGAGGACUGCCUAGUUUUUGCUUACAUUAUACUGGCUUUUCUCCUUUCUAUUGUGGCUUAUGACUAUCAGGAAAUUGGGGUUCUGGUGACGCUAUUUUGCUUGUUUCAUGCAUGUGUUGGGUUUGUUUUGCCAUCACUUGCUAGAUUGAGGACCAUGUAUGUUCCUAAUGAAUUGCGUGGAGGGAUGAUGGGCUUUUCUCUCGCCCUGGCAAAUGGAGCUAUUCUGCUUUCUGUGGUGCAGGGUGGCUAUUAUCGGAAUGUAGGAAAUGCAGCAUUAAUGACAUUUGGUGUGAGUGGUUUAUUGCUAGCAGCUGGUUGCAUGCAUGCCCUGAAGCAAUGGGGUAAGCAACCGUAUAACAACUGGCGUAAGCAGUGAAUGUAUGACCCUUUGGCAGGCUUUCGUAGUGGUGGAUGACGGACUCUUUUAUUGAAUGCAAUGAGGAAAGAGUAAAGAGAUGAAGAACUUAGAUGAUGCCAAUUCAGGCAAGGGGUAAUAAAUUUCAAAAAGGAUACAAACAUCGACUACUAGUGAGUACUGAACUGAACUGACAUUGGGGUUCUUUCUGUAAGGAUAGGGAGAGACUAAACAAUGAAACUUUAUAGUUUAACUCUCCUUGAGUAUGUCAGCAUUUUAAGUUACUCUGGACCAACGGAUUUCUAAUUCUCAGUGAUAUAUUGUAGCUUGCAUACUUUGCUGCUUGGGUUUGCUUAUGGAGGAUAUAUUCAAUUGCACAAGCUUUGGAAAUUGCUUUCAGAAUCUGUAUCUCGUGACGAAUGCCAGCUUCUCCAGAAGAGCACCUAAAGAUCAUAAGGUGAAAAUUGAAUAUUAUGGUUUGGUUAUGUUAGCAUAUCAAAGUAGUCAUGUGUUAUUAGCUGGGUUAGUUCAUUCAAAGUUUCUUAGCAUAAACCAUGACACUGACUAACCCUAGCAUGUUAAGUAAGAAGGUUUAUAUGAAGUCACAGUGAAAACAUUUGAAGCUCUGGUGAUGUGAUUACAUCAAUUUGAUCAAGACACAAUUCAGCCGGUAACAA